AUGACGUCCUCUGUUGGUUUGCUGGAGAAAGGUGUGAUGAGGUUCCAGCCACCCUGCAGCGGUCCAGCCAGCAGCCAGCAGCGGUCCCAGCCAGCAGCAGUCUCAGCCAGCUGCCAGCAGCGGUUCCUGCCAGCAGCCAGCAACCAGCAGCGGUUCCUGCCAGCAACCAGCAGCGGUUCCUGCCAGGAGCCAGCAGCCAGCAGCCAGCAGCCAGCAGUGAGCCCAGCAGUCAGCCAGCGUCCAGCAGCCAGCCAGCAUCCAGCAGCCAGCCAGUGUCCAGCAGCCAGCCAGCGUCCAGCAGCUGGCAGCAGUCCCGGCCAGCAGUGGUCCUGGCCAGCAGCAGGAGCAGCAGCAGCAGCGCCCCCACCUGCCGGCCAGCCAGGUCGACUCCCCCGCCAGCAGCAGCAGAAGGACGGCGCCGGCGGCCAGUCAGAGCAGACCGGUGCAGACGGACCAGCAGUACUGGGCCGUGCCACUGUGCGCGGGCCGUGGUGUCAACAACGCACUGUCCAGGGCAGCGCGCGCGACGCCGAGCACACUCAGACCUCAAGCAGUCCUACAACUGGAGCCAGCACGUCCCUGGCGUCUGCUCGCAUGCCAUUUUGGAAAAGAAAUGACCUUGUGAAGAAGUAUGAGAGGUUAGGGUAG